GCCCUGUUCCUCUGAAGCUGCUUCCUUAGCUCUUGGAAGUGAGAUUGAUGCCUGGGAAGAAAAGGGGAGAGGUUCACUCUCACUCAGCUUGUCCAUGCCUGUUUCACAAUGACCUUUCAGCAGCCCAGAGAAAAUUUGCCCAUUCUCUGAGAGACUUUAAAUUUGAAUUCAUUGGUGAUGCGGAGACAGAUGAUGAAAGAUGCAUAGAUGCGUCACUUCAUGAGUUUUCAAACUUCUUAAAAAAUCUGGAAGAACAAAGAGAAAUUUUGGCACUCAGUGUUACUGAAACUCUGAUCAAACCUUUGGAAAGAUUUAGGAAAGAGCAGCUAGGAGCUGUAAAGGAGGAAAAGAAAAAGUUUGAUAAAGAGACAGAGAAGAACUAUAGUUUGUUAGAAAAACAUUUGAAUUUAUCAGCCAAGAAGAAAGAGCUACAAUUACAAGAGGCAGAUAACCAAGUGGAGCAGAAUAGAAAACACUUCUAUGAGCUGUCCCUCGAGUAUGUAUGCAAGUUGCAAGAGAUACAGGAGCGGAAGAAAUUUGAAUGUGUGGAACCUGUGCUAUCAUUUUUUCAGGGUUUGUUCACUUUCUAUCAUCAGGGAUAUGAACUUGCUAAAGACUUCAAUCAUUAUAAAAUGACUCUGCAGAUAAACAUACAAAAUACACGAAAUCGUUUUGAAGGCACAAGGUCAGAAGUAGAGGAGCUCAUGAACAAGAUCAGAAGAAAUCCUCAGGAACAUAAAAGAGCAAAUCACUUCACAAUGGAAGGCUAUCUCUAUGUACAGGAAAAAAGGCCUGCUCCCUUUGGUUCCAGUUGGGUGAAGCACUAUUGCAUGUAUAGGAAGGAGUCAAAGAAGUUCACCAUGAUCCCAUUUGAACACAGAUCAGGAGGGAAAGUUGGUGAUGAGGAACUCUUCGUCCUUACGUAUUGUACCAAAAGAAAUAUAGAUACUACAGACAGGCGAUUCUGUUUUGAUUUAGAAGCUUCAGACAGGCCUGGAGUUCCUGUAACCAUGCAGGCGUUUUCUGAGGAAGACAGGAAGAUGUGGAUGGAAGCCUUGGAUGGAAAAGAAGCUCUGUUCAUCAAUUUGAAUAGAGCAAAUGCAAAACGAGAGGGAAGUGCACAGUUGGAUAAGAUAGGGUUCACUGUCAUCAAAAAGUGCAUCAGUGCUGUUGAAACACGAGGUAUAAAUGACCAAGGAUUAUACAGAGUUGUGGGGGUGAGUUCAAAGGUCCAGAGACUUCUGAGUUUGUUGAUGGAUGCAAAAACCUGCAAUGAAGUUGACCUGGAAAACUCUGUAGAUUGGGAAGUGAAGACAAUUACUAGUGCUAUGAAGCAAUAUCUGCGAAGCCUUCCAGAGCCCCUGAUGACAUACGAGUUGCAUGGAGAAUUCAUCGUUCCUGCCAAAAGUGGGAGUCCUGAAUCUCGAGUUAAUGCUGUUCACUUCUUGGUCCAUAAACUCCCAGAAAAGAACAAAGAGAUGCUGGAAAUUCUGGUGAAACAUUUAGCAAAUGUUUCAAAGCAUGCCAAGAGGAAUCUAAUGACUGUGGCAAAUCUAGGGGUAGUAUUUGGACCAACCUUAAUGAGGCCACAGGAGGAAACUGUAGCAGCCAUCAUGGACCUCAAGUUUCAGAACAUCGUUGUCGAAAUCCUGAUAGAAAAUCAUGAGAAGAUUUUCAAAACCCUGCCUGAUGCCACUUUGCCUGAGCCAAUCUCUAUGUCAGUAUCUCCUCCAAAUGCCCCACCAAGGCAAUCAAGAAGACAAGGACAACGUAUUAAGAGGCCUCUGGCUGUUUACAAUCUCUGUCUUGAGCUGGAUGAUGCUGACAGUCACAGCUCUCCAAGAGAAGACACCCCAACUGGGAGCAUGGAUUCUCUUUCUUCCCAGUCUCCGACACCUGCCUUCUCUAGUAGCCCUCCCGGGCUGCUGGAUGGAAAUCACCUUAUUAUGGACAGUGGAGAUCUUGCAGGCUGGACAACAAAUCUUCCUGGUCAGAGCCGCCCAUCGAUGGUCUCGUGGAUGAAUACUCCAUCUGCUAACCCAGUUGCCACAAAUACCACACCAUCCGCUUUCUUCUUCCCUAACCCUGCCACUGGGAGUGACAGAGCAGGGGAAAGUGUUGCCCACCGAAAAGCAAGAGCAGUUUAUCCAUGUGAAGCAGAACAUAGCUCCGAAUUAUCGUUUCAGAUAGGAGCAAUUUUUGAAGAUGUGCAAUUUUCCAGAGAACCAGGGUGGCUAGAAGGCACGCUAAAUGGCAAGAGAGGACUUAUUCCACAGAAUUAUGUUCAGUUUUUAUAGCUUUGUGCAUUGAACGCCAAGAAGGUGUACAUGGUAUCCAUGGAUUUUUGUUAUAGUCACUUCUCUCUACUUUUGUGACUGCUUUUAAUCAAUGAAGAGCCUGACUAUGGGUGGAAGAUCCCAAUCCAUGUAAAGACAUUAAGUGUUGCCAAAUAUGAAUUAUAAAAAAUUUUUUAAGGGUUGAAAUGGGUGAGGGGACAAGAGAAGGGGGAUGGAGGGAUAGGUUAAUUUUUAAUAAGGUGCUUUUUUCAGUUGUAAAGAGCAGUAGAGGUAUGUUUGUUUGCAAGAUAACUAGCAUUUUAAGUCAAAGAUUUGGUUGAUCUGUGAAGAUCAGUUAAAAAAUAUCCAUUGAAGAUUUUUAUAAACUUAGUGUCCUGGAGAUUAUGCAUCAAUAACCAUCAUUUAUAACAGAAUAUUAUUUGGGUUUGGAGAAAACUGUUAGAUUAAAAAAAGCUAUCAUGCUGACAAUCAAAUUAUAUUUCAAAGUGGAAUAGACAGUACGGAACAGACACCAAUAAGUAAAAUAAUAGGUAUCAAGACAUGACAUUUUUCAAAUGUCUUCAAAGAGCACAUUCGUUUAUGUUGUGUGUAUGAUUUCAUUUAUUUUAUAAAGAUAAGACACAUGAACUUUUAUUACAGGCUCCUAUAUGUCAUGGUUCCUUUGCUACUCAAAAAUAUCACUGUAAAUGAAAUAAAAUGUUAUUUGCUAUUUGACCUAAGUCAUUCCUAUGUUGGAGAAUAUUUUGCACUGGUUUUGUAAGUUAUGAUGUGAAAUAAUUAUUGGCAGCUGUAUGCAGUCAGCCUCAAGCAGGCUCCAAAAUGGAUGGGGAGCUUUCCUCACUCAAAUAGGCAACUCUGCAAGCUCAAGCCAAAAGGAAGAGAGAAUCUCUGGCUAUGAUCCUUGCGCAUCCUGGAGGCAUCUUGCCUAUUAUCUUUUGUCUGUCUGUCUAGCUCCUGCUUGAGCUUCCCUCUCUUCCUCCUCUGUCAUUCAUUGUCAUCUGUAAGCUCUUAAUGGUACUUCGUAGUAUCAGAAUCCUCAAGUAGCUGCCUCAUAAUUUGUAGAACGCGUUCGAGUAGCAACAGUGUUAUCUGUGGCCAUAGAAGAAGCUUCCAGAAAUCUUGUGGUGUAUAAACCUGUGCCUUGUGAUUAAAAAAAAAAAAAAAAAGUUAUGUGCAGUUUAUCAUUAAUCUUUGUCUUUUUCUCUCCUUCAAGUGAGACCCUCUGGGAGGCAGUGGAGAGGACGCAGGAAAGCAUGAUGGGAUGACAUGCUAAUACAGGCUCACAUAUUUGUUAAAUUGGACUCUCUGGAUUUUGAGCCAUUUACUGCAGAUAUACUUAGCUUGCAAGUUUUUCUAACGUGAUUAGUAAAGCAGUUAACAGUUAAUGCUGCCUUAAGGUUGGGAUGGCUUUUUUCCCCCCUUAAGAUUUAACUCUAUCCCAUUAUUUUGUUCCUUUGCCCAGACUGCACAGACCAUUGGAGUAUGCACAGAUCAUUUCCAGAUGGAGCAGCGGUGGGCCAAGUCAGUGCAGCUCUCCAGCUCUAAACCUCAUAGCUUGGAGGAGUUUCAUCUGGUGUAUUCUCGUGGUAUUUGAGCAGCGACUCGCUCUGCCAUACAGCUUUUAGGCAGUUCUUCUCUUGGCACAUUGACUAAGUGACCCAGGCACUGAAGAUGACUUUCAGAGUUCUGCAAAGGAGAUCAAGUUCUUUAAUUUGCUCCUUGACUUAGUUAUUAAGGAGGCAGUUUCACCAGUACUCACAGCAACAGGUCGCCCGUUUCCUUACGGGGACUUGUUCACAGGGCAGAGCUGGCUCGCUCUCAUGUCAUGUGGGCCCACAGCUCUGUCAACUCAUCUGUGGCCUCAAAGGGUCAUUCUGGAGGCAGGAUGGUGUUUGUGUGGCCACACUCAGUUUACAUGGCUACUAGCUGAUGGAAAAUAUUGAAGGAGGGAGAAUGUAAAUCUUUGGUAUUAGCCUACUAGGCGUGGCAGCUCAGUAUGCUGGCUUGUCAGACAGUGAAGCUGUGAUAACUUGAAGCUUACAAGCUUUCUAAGUGGCUUCCAUUUGUUUUGCUGUCGUUUUAAACAUGCAGUGCAUGUUUGAUCUUGUUCUGGCUGCUGUUUUCCAAAAUUCUCAGUGUAUUUCUCAGCUUUAGCUCUGUGGUCUGUUUUUUACUUUUUGUUUGCUUUGUUUCCUUUUAACCGAGGUGGCUUAAGAGAUGGAAUAAAAGACUUAGUGUCUCUUCCAUCCAGUCCUGUGACCCUGUUUGCCUUUAGUUGAGACGUUUUGAGACUCUUGUUACUUCUGGAGCCACACAGAACCCAAACCAGAGGAAUACUUUUCUACUGAGAAAUGAUAACACUGAGCAGAGGUAAUACUAAUCCAGACUUUCUCACAUCCUAGACGCUGUCUAAAGGCAGCAUUGUGAGCUGAGCCAGAUCAGAUCUGGCUUUCAGGCUAACCACACUGUCUCUUAGGAAUUUAGUUGUGGUUAACUGCUACCCACCAUAUGGGUUUCCACAUCAGCCUGCUUACACUAAGGCUGAGCAGAGACUUGUAGAGCUGAGUGGCCGUGGCACGUCUCAUUCCUCAUCCUCACUGCUGCAAACGGUGCCCUUGUGCUGACUGGAAGUAGAGAUUAAAGGAUGCUGAAAAUUAAGAAGCGUAUAAAGAAAGUCAGGCCCCUUUCCCAUCCUUGGAGACCUCCUAAAGCCAGGCCUUAGGGCACACCUCUUGUCUGCCUUUUUUUCCAUGGCUUGGGAGAUUUGGGAAAAGCAAUGUACCAUUCACUUGAGGCAGAAAGGAGGACAGGGAUCAGCUGUGGAGGAAGCUGGUCAAAGGGCUCUUCUCUUUUGGCCCUGGGUCUCUCCCGGGGAACUGCUCUCAUGUCAGCUGUGGGUACAGGUUCAGCUUAAUCCUCAGGCUUGGUUGCCCCUUGCUAUGACCCAGUUACUGUGCGGAGGAGCAUGUACUGGUCAGUUUUCAAAAGCUGAGACUCCUGGUAGCGAAAGCAUGAGACAGGCUCAAAAUUAGAGAGGGUGAAUUAGGAGGAAAAAAAAAAAAAACCAACGCAAAUUUGUGGGUUUUAUGCCAAAUGUUUGCCUUGCUGUGAGGCCACAGAUUGAAUCGCUCAACCUGGGGAUUAAGGUUGAAUGUGUGUUUGAUGAAUAAUUAAUGGGAAAAGCUGAGACUCCUGCCUAUCUGGGCUCAGUAGGAAUUCACAGCCUGCAGAAGUCACUGGACAGCGUGCAGCUCUCUGUCUUGGCCAGGCAGCGUGUUCGCUCUGCUGGGUGAAAAACCCCAGGGUUUGCCGGCUGCUUAAUGUUGUUAAUCAUUGUCCCAGCUGAUCUUCAUGGCAGGUUUCCUUCUGCUGCCCAGUUUUCCAUCAGGAGCGACAGAAAAAUCUCAUUGGCUGAUUUAGUCACCCUGUCAUGAAAAUAAGUGCUCCUGCUACCCUGCUUAACAGCUUUUGCCAGCUGAGCCUCUGCAACUGUAUCACAGAAAAGACUCGGGGAGAAACUUGCCCUGCUCAAUGCUCUGUUCCCUGUUCUCUUAACCCAUUUCACAAUUCUUACCUGGUUUGCAAUAUAAAGAAAAAAGUUGCUGACAGAGGGCUUACGUAGGCUGUAAAUGCAGCAGCGCUAAACACAGUUUAACUGGAAGCCUUCACUGGAGAAGUUUGACCUUUUAAACUGGAUGUGCCUCAGAGAGCGUUUUCAACAUCAGAGUUCAACAGUGUGUUCCCCUCCGUGCUUGCAGUAACCCCAGGUAAGCACCCACGGAAUCUUCAUCCUAUCAACCCCUAAAACUAAAGUGUCCUUU